CUCAUCUUGGGAUCACGCUAUACUCAUUGUUUUCCAGGCUGUUGUGCCAGUAACAUUUGUGCCUACGUUUUUACAUGCAAUAUGUUAAGUGCUAUAUGUGCCUUUGGAGUGCAGUUUUCGCAUCUUUAUGUUAUAAUGAUCUAUAAUGAUGUAAAGCAUCUAUAACGAAACAAUAAGUGAAUAGUUGUGUUUUCUCAGAUGACACUAUUAGUAAGGAUGUUAGCCAUGCGACGGGCGAAACGAUUACUGCUAGCUGGAAUUGUAUGUUUCGUUAUCGUCUACGCGUGGCGGGCCAGUGGCAAACGUAAGGUAGUGCGAUGGAGAGGGCUGGCGUUCAAUCAACAAGAGAUGGUGGAUGCCGACAUGGUGAUCUGCGAUUCGAAUGAUGCGAAACAGCCACGCGUGCGAGACCAGCAAAAAUGGCAAGAUGUGAAAGGGCGCGACACCAUUGUGUUUUCCGCCUACUACGAAAAGUCUCAUUUCGUGCGCAUCGUCGCUAAUUCGCGACGGGAUGACUCGCGGCCGCUGCUGUGCGUUAUGUGGUUUGAGACAGCCGGAAGCUCAUGGGCGAUCAGAGAGGGAGUCGUCACAGUUCUUGCGCAAGCCGACGAAAUUCCAUUCCACCACGAACGACCGUGGACAUCGUUCUACUAUAUAUGUCCAUUGCCUCUGACUCCCGACAUUCCCUACGCAAUAUCGCUAGCAGCGACGUCCUGCGACACAGCCCCGGGAAACGUUCUCGCUGUUCUGAACACGCCGGAUGUCUGGCGGCGAACGAAAGUGAUGUUUGGUUUAUGUUUUCCGAUGAUCAUGAACGACUUCUCUGACAUCGUCCCUUUGGUAGAGACUCUCGAGAUGCACCGAAUUCUAGGCGUCGAGAAGGUGGUUGUAUAUAAUGUGAGCAUGGGAAAAGCAGCAGAGAGCCUAAUUCGAGAGUACCAGACCGAAGGCUUUGUGGAUGUAGUGCAGUGGAAUAUAAUGGACAAGCUUACCACAUGGACUCACCCGGGUACUCCACGCGAUUCGCGUCUCCAGAUUCAUUACGCGGGCCAGGUGUCAUGCAUGAAUGAUUGCUUGCACAGGUACCGCCAUGAUUUCCGGUACACGGCACUGUACGAUAUGGAUGAGAUUAUCGUGCCCAACCAUCAAGCGACGUGGAACGAAAUGCUUGCAUUAUUUCCGAAAGACUAUAUUGGUGCAUAUCUCUUCCGUAAUUCCUUCUUCGGACGCGUUGAUACGCGCGUGACGUCAAUGGAUGGUGAUUACUGCCCGCUAGUGAAAAGUGAUAUGCAAUUUACAAAUAACCUUGCAAGGUCGGUGAAAUUCUUUCCGCCGUAUAGGCGCACCAAAUCUAUCGUCGACCCACAGGUUGUCACUAAAGUUGGAAUUCACUUUGCACGCGAUUAUGUACUGGGCUUUACCGAUUACGUUGUACCAGUUGAGAUCGCAUACUUGCAUCAUUAUAAUAGCAAAAACUUUAAGCCAAGGGAAUCCGUGUCAGACAACACACUCUUAAAACACAAAAAUGAACUUCUACGAGCUGUAUAUGACAAAUUAAGAUGUUGGAAGUCAAAAUACGAUAAAUAGUUGCUGAUAUAGUCGGAUGUAGGUAAAUAUACAACUUCAAAUUUGUACUUAUCAUUGUAUCCAUAGACUGUUAUAUUAUAUAUACAUGCGUGCAUGAAUAUAACUGAAAUCUGGUAUACAUUGUUAAUCAUACAACAGAAAAAUAUGUUUAGUUAGAAUAUACUGGAAUUCUGUAAUAUAUGUAAAUAUAGACGCCCUGUUAUAAUAAAUGCAUUUAAGAUUA